CCUUCGUACAGUAAAUAGUUUAUUGAGAUUCGAGUAUUAAUAAAUAUUAAUACUUAUUUUUUGAAUUCAGGAUAAAUAAAGCAGUAAACACAACAAUGAUUUAAUUUAAUAAGUAUAUUUACGUGUGUUUGAUGUAUUCCCUCAAAAAUGAGCGACAGUAGUAGUGAUUCAGAAGAAUUUUAUGAUGCUGAGGAUUUCACUCCUGCAAAAGGAUCAAAGAGAUCAUCACUAUGCAAGAGUAUAAGUAUUUCUGAAAAAUCCAAUUUAUCAGAAAAGGAGAAAACCCCAACAAUAAAGACCGAAGAUUCUUCCAGAUCGUUAAUAGCUGCUGCAACAAAGGAAACUCCAGUUGAUGAAAAAUCAACUGUUAAAAAUGUGGUCCAGGGUCGGCGCAGGUUUCAAGAGCUGCGACGUUGUAUGCAGACAGAGGAGGAAGAUGACAAUGAUGCUAUUACACCAGCUGAAUACACAUAUGCACACCCAUUUAAAAUAAUAUCGCACGACACAAUGAGUAUGCAGAGCAUGACGUCACUGGGCAGGAUCGGCAGGAUCUUGAGUGGAGCAGCCGAGUCGCACCCGAACAUACGAGAUAACAUUGGUAUGGCACCCUCGGCCACAUCCAGGGAACCCUCGACGAUAUCCGACGAGCCUACUGCAGCGAAGAGACCCCAAAAUGUUCUAGCGAUGGCCGAGCCGGACGUGAUAGCGAGCACGAAAGCGAACAGCUUGAAGCAGAGCCGGCGUGCGAGCGGGACCGCAAUAGUCACCGUGUGCGCUCCGAGCGGGACGGAAGCACGGCCUGUGUCGCUCACCGGGCCCGUGGCGCCGCCUAGGAGAAAGAAGCGAAACAAGUUGCACGGGUCGCAGUCCCUGUCGACGACGGAUUGCGAUAACCUGAGCGUGUGCACCGACACCGACGAUUACCUGCGACGUCGUCACUCGCCGCGUCUAUCCGAGUUCCAGGGUGUGUGUAGCGCGGGCGGCGGCAACAACAGCAUGUCCCUUCCGAGUCCCACCAGCACCAUAGAGUCGCUCACCAGAGAAUUCCAGGACUCUCUCCAUUUAUCACAGACCAAGUAUGGCGACAUAUCUCGGUUGGUGAAGCUAUCUCCCGCCGCGGCAGGGUCUGCCACCGCCGCCGAAGUCAAACACCCAGCAGGCGGCGAGGCGCACGACACAGACCGAGUCCGCACGCACAGUGAGGGACGACCCUCUCACGCGACCGCAAGCCUCUCAUCCAACCAUAGCACGCGGCGGCCCGAAGUUAGCAGAACGCGUCGGCGCUCGGCGGGGGACUCGCCCGCAGAGGGCGCGGGGUCGGGGCUACGGACUCUCUCUGACAUCGAGAUCCUGGAGAGAGUCACUGUACUCAACUUGGACACCGAAAGUAUGCUAAGACGAUUAGUGUCGUCUUCAGGCGAGCGCAUCCCGCUGAGCGUCGCCGAGCACAAGCUGCCGCAGUGUAUCAACCCGCUCAGCCUGCACAUUAUGAGGCUGACCUCGGAGUACAUCGCACGCACCCACGAUGACGACACCGCCAGGGAAACGGAUGAAGAAAGUGAAAGUGUUUGCGUGGGCGGAGUAGAAGACGAAGAGACGAAGGAGGCCAAGCGUGAGUCGGCAGACAGGCAGACCAACGCCAUCAAACGGAAAACAGCUAACGUGAUUCGGGCUGAUCUAGUGAAGUGCCACUCGUACGACAACAUCAACAUCAGGUUGAAGCGGUUUUUCGGCAGCACGGUGAAGAAGACGGUGGACGCAGCGCGGUCUCUGGCGCAGGAGGUGUCGCAGGCGCGGCACAAGGAGGACGUGGCUGAGAUCCCAGACGCCGUGCAUGGAGACCAAGUCAUCAAGCUAAAGGCGUCCAACUCGCACAAGGGGCCCUAUGACUUCGAGGGUUCCACCAGAUACGUCCAGGAGCUGGGUAGUGGCAGCGGAGAAGGUGGAGCGGUGUGGUGCUGCAAGUUCAGCGUGUGCGGCAGACUUCUGGCCACGGCAGGACAGGAUCGCUUGUUGAGGAUUUGGGUCACUCGACACGCCUACCACAUGUUUCAGGACAUGCGCACAAAAUACAACGCCGAACAAAAAUCGUCUCCAACUCCCUCUCAAGAGUCACUAGCGUCUCUCGCGCCGCCGCCAAGUCCUGAACACCCGUUGGGUCCGGCGGCUCCGUUCUGUCCCAAGCCAUUCUGCGUGUACGCCGGCCACACGUCAGAUCUCCUCGACAUAUCCUGGUCUAAGAACUACUUCGUGCUGUCCAGCUCGAUGGACAAGACAGUGAGGCUGUGGCAUAUUUCCCGCGGGGAGUGUCUCUGCUGCUUCCAGCACAUCGACUUCGUGACGGCCAUCGUGUUCCACCCGAGAGACGACCGCUACUUCCUCUCCGGCAGCCUUGACGGCAAGCUGAGGCUGUGGAAUAUUCCAGACAAGAAGGUGGCGGUGUGGAAUGAAGUGGACGGGAAGACGAAACUGAUCACCGCCGCGAACUUCUGCCAGAACGGCAAAUUUGCGGUGGUGGGGACAUACGACGGCCGGUGCAUCUUUUAUACCACCCACCAGCUGAAGUACCACACGCAGAUCGACGUGCGCUCCACGCGGGGCAAGAACUGCGGCCGCAAGAUCAGCGGCAUCGAGCCCAUGCCCAACGACGACAAGAUCCUGGUGACCUCCAACGACAGCCGGAUACGACUGUACGACCUGAGGGAUCUCAACCUCUCCUGCAAAUACAAAGGCUACGUGAACGUGUCGAGCCAGAUCAAGGCGUCGUUCUCGCACGACGGCAAGUACAUCGUGAGCGGGUCCGAGAACCAGUGCAUCUACGUGUGGAAGACGUGCCACGACUACUCCAAGUUCAGCUCGGUGCGCCGCGACCGCAACGACUUCUGGGAGGGCAUCAAGGCGCACAACGCCGUCGUGACCUGCGCCGUGUUCGCGCCCAACCCCGACCACAUCAUCCGGAUGGUCUCCGAGCGGGAGGAGGCUGAGGCCGCGCCCGACGACAAGCUCGAAGUGCAGAAAGCCAACGAGAGCAGCGGCAUGGUGUCGUCGUCCCAGACAGGCCAGGUGCUGGUCAGCGCGGACUUCAACGGAGCCAUCAAGGUCUUCCUGCACAAAGCCAAGCCCAAACACAGCUCACUGCCGGCCUCCGCGCUCGCGUGAACCCCGCCGCUUGGGGCUCACUGCACGAUGUAUUCACUUUUCACUGAGCGAAGCCCACCCUCCUGAGAUUAAUCCGAUAAAAGUAUACACACUCCAAAUAUGUCUUGAAUAUUUUAUUUUUAAAAUAACACCAUCACAAUUCAUGUAAGUUUUCAUAAGUUAUUAAAUAUGUUAUGUCGUGUUAAAAGUAAAGUUCUACAUUGAAUACCAUGAUAUGUGUAAAUUGCCCUUCUGGCGUUCUUAUCCCCAAAAUAGCCUACUUAAGUAUAUAUUAAUAACAUUACUUAAGUAACGUUUAGUUUUUUUGAAAAACCACAAAUGUAAUUUCAAAAUAAUUCUGGUCGUCGUUACCUGUUUUUUUUUUUAAACAUGCAAGUUUUGUCAACCGUUUAAGAUACUAAUUUAUUAAAGUAGGCGUUAUUUUGCGGAAAUCCAUAAUUAUACAAAUGAUUUAAGUUUUCUUUGGUGUUAAUUCCGCCAAUAUUUGUUUUUAAACAAUUCGACACGUGUUUCGCCUCUCUUUUAGUCUCGUACAGGUUUUGGCGAGACUAUAGAGAGAAAUAUAGGCGGAAUUAACACUAAAGAAACCUUAAAUCAUUUGAAUAAUUGUCAGUAAUAUAUUUUUAAUAUUAUAUCAUGUUAAGUAACAUAACUUUGUUUUGUUAUAAUCAAUGUAUAUUUUAAAUUGUAAUCUAACGUUAUUUUUUUUCGUAGAAUGCAAACUUUCAAUAUUCGAUCUAUGAAUAAUGUGUUUUGACACAAUAAUUGUUUCAGAAUAAUAGUAGACACUUAUGUAUAAGUGUAGAAUAGUUUCAACAGACUACCUAAAAAUUAGUAGUUGGUAGUGCUAGCUCAUACAAAUUAAUUUUGUAACCAAAAUGUAUGAGAGAUGCCAUCCGUUCGAUUGACGUAUCGUUAUAAAAUCUUGUAUGCUUUGUUCAACUCUCAGGUUGUGGCUCCAUCUACAGGAUCAUCUACUUUACAGUUGAUAACCUGCUCCACCCUAAUAAUUGCAUAUUAGGAAAUUGACUUGAGAUGUCACUCUUUCAAAUCUGAAAAUAUUUUUAUUUGUUUUUAAAGUAAGAGAGGACGCCGGUUUGCGUCCCGCAUUGUUCAUAAAUUUUGGUUAUUUAUUUAAUUUGUAUAUUAAAAAAGUGUGUUAGUACUUAUGUAAGCACGCAAGAAGUUAUACUUCUUUGGCCUAACGAAGCAAACCUUAUUGAAAUUAUUUAUUCCUCGUGCUAUUCUACGUUUUUAGUAAAAAUCUUGCAAAAAUGGCUCUGACAAUUAAUUAUUAAAUAAUGAAUACGGCUGUAUGGGCUUGAACCCUUUGCCUGUCCUAAUAAUGGACGAAGAAACAAAAAAAAAAAUAACGAAUGACGCAAACGUCAAAAAAUUUUCCAAUUUCAACUUAUUUCACUCUCAUUAUUAUUUCAUAACGCGCCUAAAGAAGUAUAACUUCAAAAAUUGUUUAGUACUAGCUCAUUUUGAAUGCAAGUAUUAAAGUCGGUUCUUAUAAAAGAGAAAAUGUUUAUCUUCAUUCAGCCGUAGUUGUGUCGAUCGAAUAUUGUCAGUGCCUCUUAAUAUUUAUAGUUUAUUGUUAUUUUAUAGGGAAAUGCAAUAUUAAAUCUUUGUUUUACAUAUUUUUUAUAAUAUUAUGCAGCGCUACAUGUCAAACACUAAUUCCCUACUGUAAUAUGAUUACUACGGACACGUCAAUAAUAAUAUAUGUUACUUAGAUUAAGGAUUGGUCACCGCUGCGCUCCAACUAGAUACCGCAGGCGUAACCGCAAAGUGCGGCAACUAAUACUACGCCCAAGUGGGCAUACUCGAGCCAGUCUCGAACAAUGUGUGACGUUGACGUGCCAAAUGUUCUGUUGAACUUUGCUAAUAAUUGAAACUAAUAUGCUGGGUUACAUGGUAGAACUUGUAAAAAUAAUACUACAAGAAAUAAGAAAGACACUGGGAUCACAUAUCAUCAGUAAGAAUUUUGUAUUUUAUUAAUUUCAAUGUAAAAUAACACGAAGCGUUUGUUACAAAAUUUGAAAGAUGCCAUUGAGUGUCAAGAUGCCACGCACACAAGCAUCUAAUAGUUGCCGUAAUAAAAAAGCUAUUGUUCUUAGGUAAUGCGGUAUCUAGUUGGAGCGUGGCGAGAAACCAAUCCUUAAUCUAAGGUAUGUUAUGUGUUAGAUUUGCAUUUUAAUAUUUUUUAAAGAAAUUAUUUUUGGAAUACAUGCAUAUUAUUAAAAUUGAAUACUGCAGUCUAACGGCCGUUCCCAAUAUACUAUCUACAGAUAGAGAUAAAUUCCUACCUUCUACUGUCAGUAAUUAGCUGUCAAUAAUCUGAAGUUGUCCCAAUAUACCCGAUAAGUCAUUCUUAUCGCCUUAUAUUGGGAAGCGUGAAUUGCAAUAUCCAUACAAACUUCUAUCGCUGGUAAGUUAUACGUCGUCCCAUUGACAGACAGUGUGUACAGAUAAGGUGAUUUACCGUCGAUUAGUUUAUUGGGACAGAAAAGUCAACGAUAGUUACGAUUUUUAUCUCAAAUAAGAGAUAGACUGAAUAUUGGGAACGGCCGUAAAUAGAAAAUCACUUAGAAAGGACAGCAAAGAACGCUUAUUAGUUUUCGGUUGUAGUGUUUCACAUGUGGCACUUAGUACAUACAGAGAGUAUAUUUAGAUACAUGUACAUAUUAUGUAUGUUAUGGACGAUUGUGAGACGGGAAUAGAAAUGUCAAGUUACACCAACAAACCUUAUUUUCAUAAUAAUAAACACUGCGCUAUUUUUUGACUCGCUAAAUAAAAAACAUCGUAAUCAAAAUAUUUUAGUUAAAUAGGAAACUACCUAAUUUGUCCGUAGAACGUGGUCUUGUAACCAAAGAAAAAGCAAAAAAGCCCAAGAGAACCUCUAAGGAAAAAGCGAUUGUUAGAUUGACAGAUGACAGCUAUAAUCUUGUAAAAAACGGAGAUAGCCGAAAUCCAGUAUGUUUAUAGCAACUGUUCGCUUUCAAACUAAGCCGGAUUAUACUUCGUCGCCAUAAUAUUGUAAUUACUAUUGAUGUCAAAUCAAUGCACGAUUCAUACUAAAUUCAAUUAUUACUUAGGCAGUCCCGGCUCUUAUGACGUAGUACUUAAAUCCUCUUUGGUACCGAGGUUCAAUAUCUCGUCUGUUGAUUAUUAUUGUUGUUUGCGUUUCAAUAAAAAACGGUAAAUGACGGAUCAGGUAUUUGUUUCUGGCUGUAUGGGCUUUUGACCCCUUUGCCUGUCCAGAAGGACGAACAGAACCAAAAAAAAAUCAAUAAAAAAACGGUAAAUGACAGAUCAGGUAUUUGUUUCAUAUAAAAACAUACUACAAUGGGGGGUGGAAGCAAGGAGAAUCAUCUCUUAUAGGAGAAAAGUUCAAAAAGCUUCCACAAUGGCGCUAGUGUAGGCACAGGGUAUGGUGUGAAGUAUGGUGAAUGUAGCAAAAACGAAUUGAAGUAUGCUGAGUUAAAAAAAAUUAUAUUAUUGUCGACUAAAGUCAUGUAGUAAAUAUAACCUUAAAGAAUUAUUACAGAAAAACCUACAUUGAUUAGUAUUGUUUUAUAUUUGGCGCUUCUUUUAAGAUUUACCCUCAUGCUGCAGUGGUGCCACCCUAAUUGAAUGCAUUUAUUUUAUGGAAUAGGAGGACAAACGAGCGUACAGUUCACCUGGUGUUAAGUGAUCACCGCCGCCCAAAAUCUCUUGCAACACCAGAGGAAUCACUUUAAGGAAGGAGUAUGCGCUUUUUUUGAAGGGCGUAUCGUCCCGGAAACACCGCACAAGGAAGCUCAUUCCACAGCUUUGUAGUACGUGGAAGAAAGCUCCUAGAAAACCGCACUGUGGAUUAUUUUGUAUUCUGACGGACACUUUCUCAUAUACACAGAUGAUUCUUCAUGGCUCUACCCUCCAUAAUUGCGUGUUAACUAAAAGAAGGUAAAUGACAGAAUAGGUACUAGUUUCUUAUGGAGACUUAUGACAAUUACAGCGCCGUUUGAAGUUAUAAUAUUUGCUAUGCGUAAAAAUUAUUGUCAAAAGGUCUCAUUCUCAUCCAGACGGUUCUAUACGAUAUUAUACUUCAUUUAUAUUCAUUAUCAUCCACCCAGUUAUAUUUGACUAUUAUAUAACGACGGUGUAUGAGUUUUUGCCUGUCUAGCGGUAUGUAUAUUACGUGGGAGUGUACUAUAAAGGAUAUCUGUAUAUUGAUGACAAUGUAUUUCUUUAUUGUUGUAUAUAAACUCGCAUUUAUUUUUAUAAAUAUAUCGAUAUUAACAUGUU